CCCCGCAGAGACCAUAUUCUUCCUCCAUUCUGUGGCUGUGUCUGCCUCAGCUCAUAGGGGCAAAAACAAAAUUCAGCCAAGAUGUCGGAGAAAAAGAUGUCGUCGAGUCGCAAGCAUCAUCUAAAGAGCUUGAUGCUUUCCAUCGCUAAAGGUAUACUGGAACAGGAAGUAAAAGACAGAGAGGUGGAGAGGCAGAGAUACAUGGGAGAGACCUGCCCGGCUCUGUCUAUACCUUCAGGCACACAGGCAUUACAGGAACUGUGCAGGGAGUUUCACCACAAAAUUGAUGUCACUGAUGAGGAGAGAUACGAUAUGGAAAUGAAAGUCAACAAGAGUGCGAAGGAGAUCGAAGACCUGAAUAUCAAAGUUAUUGACCUGAAGGGCAAGUUCAAGAAGCCAACUCUGAGGAAGGUGCGCAUGUCGGCCGACGCUAUGCUUCAGGCUCUGCUGGGCUCCAAGCACAAGGUGUCUCUGGAUCUGAGAGCCAACCUGAAGCAAGUCAAGAAGGAGGUCAAAGAGGAGGAUAAGGAACUGCGUGAUGUUGGUGACUGGCGUAAGAAUGUUGAAGACAAGGCUGGUAUGGAUGGCAGGAAGAAGAUGUUUGAGGCCGAGGCUUAAUUUUUUAGUUUUUGUUUUUAAAGGGGUCAUAUGAUGCUGCUAAAAAG